AUGUGCAAACACAACACCGCCGUGUCCGUUGAGGACAUCCCCGUUUCCCAGCUGCGACGAGGUAAACUCGAAAGAAUCCCGUGGUGUCUUUGCGCACACCUCGCCAUGUUCCGCCAUUUCGCUAGACACAAGCCUGACUGCGAAUAUCCCGCGCUUGUAUAUCCCCGAGUACAGCGCGCGCUCGAAGCCAAGUUCGUAAAGUUGGGCAAGAAGGGGACCAUCGUCGAGGGUCCGGAUAAAACUUGCGUCUGGUCGCCAUGGACUGCGUUGUGGGCUCAUCCCGACUGGGAUGGCGAAAUCGAACCCCCUCCUCUUCCACCAGCUUGCGAGGAGGCAACAGCGCCUAAAAUCGACCAUGCCGCAUCCAGAGUCAAUAUUGCGCCAACGUCGAAGUUUACUGAGAGCUUCGAUCCUGCGUACCAGUCCCCUCCCCCAUCCACAGUAUCCGCCGCCCCGGUCGACCAAGACCAAACCCAGAAUGGUUUGAUAUCCUCCGGCAUAGCCACGACAGCUUUUGAAGCAUCCUAUGUUCCUUCGAACCCGCCUCCUAGGCUUGCUGAAACAAGCGACUUAUCAACUACCGCGUUCGAUCCAUCUCAACAACAGGACCCGCACCCAAUGUCGCCGUCAUUGAGUCAGCCGUCCAAACCGCCGCAAUCUAGCGCGGAGCCCCUGCGACUAACGAUGCGAUUGCGGUCCAGAGAAACCGCGACAGUGGUAGAGACCCCAAGCCAAGAUCCAGCAUUGAAGGCUUCACUGGCGACCUGCUUUCCAAUCUUGGUCCGCGCCAUCGACGACUCAAAGCACAUCAAGUUCGAUGCUGCCAAUCAAUGGCUGCUGCGUACUCUGUCGGCCAACGACGCCGCCAUUUCUGCAGUAACGUCUCUGCUAUCCUCUAUGAAUAACUAUGGAACGGCGGCUACUCGUCUUAAUGCUACUGACAUCAGCUCCUGCAAGAAUGCUCUUGCGCAAUGUCGCUCUGCCGUUUCACAGUCCAUGAAUAAGCGCUCUGAGAGCGACUACAAUGAUACUCGCGUCAUCUUGCAACAGGUACGUUGGCUCCGACACGACACAGCAGUCCUCGCAGUCAGGGCUGAAGCCACUGGUAUUGCGGACACCUGGCGUGUAAGGGAAGUUAGUGACGACGACGGCGACGAGGCUAUAACAUUGAGUAAUGUUACAUUUAGACCUAGACUAAGGAACUCCGAGAUUGAUGGCACACUUGAGGAGGUCAUGAGCGUCUACAACGCGUCCUCGCAGGCUGGAGAGUAUCACCAACGCCUUUGCGGCAGCUCCUACAAGAUUAUGGUCGACAACAACACCACUGACCUCGCUGUCUAA